CGCGCCUCCCCCUCUUCCUCCUCCUCCUCGUCGGACGACCUCGACAUCCACAUGCACUUCUCCGAGAUCUUCCCCGAUACUGGUGGUCCCGGAUCCUCGGGCGGCGGCAGCGUCUCUGCUGCAGAGUCCCGCCGGCUGUCGUUCCCGGAGGAGGAGCACGACGAGGAGGCGCGCCGAUCCAGGAGCCUCGACGCCGACGCCAUCACCAGCCAGCUCUCCGGGAAGGAUAUAUCGCCACUCUCGAAGAGCCCAAGCGGUAAGGCCCACCGCACUCCGUGGGGAAAGGUCAAGGACAUCAUCAUCCAGACGCGCAAAGACAGCUUGAAGCGUCGCGGCGCUGGCUCCACCGACGCACACCUCGACUCCGCGUGUGAUGGCGCUAUGGACGGCACCGCACUGCAGUCGCAAGACGCAGACAGCUCGAAGGCGGGGCAGGCGCCGCGGCUGACGCUGACGCUGGCCUCCAGCGAGGAGCUGCGCUGGCCCGAGCACCAGUCGCCGCCCCACCGGCCGCCGCCCAACUGCGCUCUGUCUGACGUGGUGCCCUUGCCGUGUGCUCAGGGGUCCCCGCCGCCUUGCCGCAGGCACUCUUCCAAGUGGACCAAGGUGAAGAAGGCGUUCCUCACAGCCCGCCAGGAGGAUGCGGGCUCGCCGCCCUACAGCCCCCGAGACCACGCCGCCUUCGAGUACGCCGCACAGACAGGUGACGGAGAGGAGGUGACGAGCGAGAGCCUGCACGCGGAGAUCCAGCGCAGCUACGAGGAGCUGCAGCACAAGCUGAGCCUCGAGUUCCACGAGAAGCUGGCCGAGUGGGAGCGCGCGCGCCUCGCCGUCGCCGCCUCCGCCUCCGCGGCCUCCGAGGGCCCCACCGGCGGGGGCGGCGGGGGCGUGCUGGGGCUGGAGGAGCAGAACCAGCUGGUGGCGCUGGCGCUGCAGCAGCGCGCCGGCGACAAGUGCUUCCGGCGCAAGAUGGACGAGUGGGAGCGGCUGCGCCAGCAGCAGCAGCAGCACCCGCUGUCCGCCGACUUCCGCAAGAAGCUGCACGAGUGGCAGCGCCGCAAGGACGCGGGCCCGGGGGCCGGCGCGGGCCGGCACGCCUCCCUGCCGGGGGUGGCGCUGGCCGGCGAGGGCGGCGGGGGCGGCGGCGGCGAGGGCGGCAGCCCCAGGUCCGCGCGCAAGGCCAACAAGGAGCUGCUCUGGCUGGAGAAGGAGCUGCACAAGAUCGCCCGCGAGAAGCAGCGCCUCGAGCGCGAGCGCGACAAGUUCCUGCAGAGGGAGGCCAGGCUGGAGAAGAUGCGGAGCGCGAUGCGCGCCGGGCAGGAGGUGCUGGUGCAGACGUCGACGGGCAGCUUCCGGUUCCAGGGCAUCUCGGAGGCGUUCACGCGGCGCCUCUUCGAGUGGGAGCAGGCGCGCGGCAUCGGGCCAGAGGACUCCACGUUCGCGCUGCUCGACCCUCGCUACCGGCCGCGACCGCGGCAGCCCGCGGCCAUCGACGAGAACGGUGGCACCGGCCGAGACGGCGAGGGCGCGCCGCUGUCGCGCUGCAAGUCGGCGGGCAGCGUGGCAGCGACCGGCAACUUGUCGCUCACCAGGCAGGCGUCCAGCCUCUCCCUCAACGACGCCCAGCUGGAGGCCAGCGCCUCCGCCGCCGCCGCCGCUCCCCCGCUAGAGGAUGGACGGGCAGUGUCGGAGCCGCGCCUGCGCACGGACGCGCUGGAGGACGGGGAGGGCGAGGACGCGGAGGACGGCCCGUCUGCAGUGAUCGUGGACGUGGAGGACGAAGUGGUCGAGACGGCCAGCCCUCUGGCCGCUGCGCCCGCCGUGCUGGGCCACACCCCCAUCUACUGUUACGCGCCCCGCGAGGUCACCAGGCUGAUAGACUCCAGCGGCAGCGAUCGCGACCGCAAGGCCAUUGGCGGCGUGUGCCGGAACGAGUCCGUCCGGACGGAGAGGAGCUACCGGCUGCUCGACGAGAACAUGGACCUGCUGGACAAGCUCAAGAACAAUGAAGACGUCUGCAGGAAACUGGAAGCGGAGAUUGAAGAGCUUGAGGCAAAGAUGGAAGAAGCCGCGCGAAAUCGGGAACAGCAGCUGCAGAACCUGGAGAAAGCAAGCGAAGCCCGCCAGGUAGCAAUGCUGAGGGCACGGGUCCGUGAGUUGGAGCGACGGCACGAGCGCCUCAAGCGGCAAGGAGCCACACUACAGGACUCGUUCGCCGCACGGUCGGAGCAGCAGGCAGCGCUGGCCUGCCAUCUGGUGGGCAACAUGAAGCAGCUGCAGGUGCAGGACCCUGGCCUCGAGGACCCUUUGGCGUUCGUCAGGAACCUGUCCACGCAAGUCCUGCAGCUGUCUGAGCAGUUGGCGGCCGCCGUGAGGGAACGGAGCGCCAUCUCGACUACAGCGACACGCAGACACCGGCUCGCCAGCGGCCUCACCUGGCUCUCCGCGGACGGCAUCUCGCUCUCUGCUGAUUCCCUCCAGGACGAGUGCCCGGAAGGACGGCAGGACCUCCGGGAGCUACCGGGGCUGCUCACCAGCAAGGUGCUCGAGCUCAAGCGCGGCCUCAGCUUCCUCUGCGGAACAGACAGAUCGGGCGACGACGCAGUCGAGGAGGCGCGGGCAGCGGUGCUUAGCCGGAGGAACGCGCGCCAGUCUCAGGUACAAGGCGCUGCGAGCAGCGGCUCCGACUCCGACGACGACGAUGACGACGACGAUGACGAAGGCGACGGAAGCGUGCAGCCGGCGCAGCCAGCGGUUGGCGGCGCCCCUGCCGCCUUCUACGAGACGGAGGUCCCUCCGGCGUCCAAGGCGGGCUGCUACCGCCACAAGAAGCUGCUACGUGCGCGGCGCGUCUCGGACACGCACGUGGGCUAUCGGACCACGGAGUCGCCCGGAGCUGGCCACCAGAGGGAUACGGACGACUCCGACAACUCCGCGAAAGAGGAAGACCGGAGGAGUGCGCCGAGAAGGAGCCCGCCUAGGUCGCGGUCCAGACUCGCCGACUCCGAGGGCGGCAGUCCGAGGGCAGGUCGCAUGUGCGCGCUCGCCGAAAACGGAGCGGCACGAUACUCGACGUGCGAAGAAGACACCGAGGAGAGCAGGCAGAGCGAGAGAGACGGCGGUCUACCCGAGCUGAGGCACAGAAUCGCGCCUCCCGAGCAACAAGAUGCAUUUAUGGAGGAGCAGGAAGACGAGGAGGAGCAAGGAGACGAAGAAGAAGCGCCAACGAACGUUUUCGUCAAAACGACUCGGAAGAUCUUUUCCCCAGUGCGACGCGACAGCAAAGGAAAGGCGUCGUCGGUCAUCGGCUUUGUUGUCGGCGCCAGCGCCAACGGCGUCAGAGGCAACCGUGGCUCGCGACGGGAAUCAUUGGACUCUGGUGGCCGUGAGAAGAAGGAAGAGACUGUAGGAGCACCGAAUGGAGGUUCUGUGCCCGAAUCGCCGGCGCGAGUGGCCCGCCACACCAGGUCUCAGUCGGCGUCGCCGGCAGUGGUGCGCCGGCCAUCCACGGCGUCCAAAGAAGGCAGCUCGAGUGCGGACACCAGCAGCUCAGGCACCACUUCGUGCGACAGCAAAGCUGUCGUCAGUGGCACCGCUCCCUCACCUCCGGAGCGACUGUCCGAGGAUCGGGAGCCCGAAGAGAAUCGCGAUGAUCCACAGGAGGAGAUUACUGAGACUGUAGUGAAACUCGGUAGAACUAAGGCAGCAGAACUGGCGGUUGCAGAUCAUAUUCCACCUCCAACUGGGCUGCCUCCAGUGUCACAUUCUCCGAUGUCUAGCAGGCGCGGUGGGAGCGACCAGCCGAGACCACUGGCGAAGGAGACUGCACCUAGCAUCCGUAUGAUGAUCGCCAAGUACAACAAGAACCUAGAAGGGGCCUCAGUGGAAGCGUCAUGCACUGGAGGUAGCACGGGUAGUGCCGCCUCAAAUGGAACGACGGCGACUGGGGGCUCACCUGUAGCCUGGCGGUCCCCUGCUACUGAACGGAGGGUCCGCCUCCAGAUGGAGAAGUACCAAGAGGAGGUGCGACGGGCACUCGAGAGCGGCGGUGUACCGAACACGGGCACCGGUCGCCACGUGCAGAAGUCCGCCAGUGUCGGCUUCAUACCAGCGUCGCCCGUCAGCAGGAGUGCCGGAGGAAGCCCCCGCAAACCGCCUUCUGGUGCAGCUGCGGCCGUCCAGACCAAGGGCAUACUCAAGUCGUCCAGCGCCAGUGCCAUUCAGGCGGACCUCUCGCAGAGCACUCGAGUCUCGCCACAGGAAAAAGCGAACGAGAGCAGCGUUUUACCUCCACCAGCACUGUUCGAGGACUCGUCGCCGAGGCCUGAGGGAGGCGCUGCCGUCCAGCCCGUGACGCCGCAACCAGCGAGGGCAGCUUCCCAUAGUGCGUCUGCUUCGCCACUGUCUCUGCUGAGACCGUCAGUAUCGCCUGCUACGUCUAAUCCUUCGUCACCCGAGUUGGGAGUCCAUUACUUCAGCCCCCCGCCGUCGCGGCUGCGCGCCCUGCGGCUGAAGCGCGCCAAGGAGGAGUUCCUGACGCGCGGCCCGGCCAGCCGCAGCUGGACCGGCAGCGCUAGCGGCGAGGAGGCGUCGCCGCCGCCGGCGCUCGCGGCGUCACGCUUCGGACUCGCCAGCAGCAUCGCAUCGCGUUUCCGCAAGGUGAAGAUGCGGCGCACGGGCCGCGGGCACGGUCAGCAGCAGCAGGGCCAGGGGGCUGUGUCGGCGCUCUGCCGCCAGAGCCUGCUGGUCGACCUCGGGGGCGACGCAGCCGAGCGCGCCGCUGCCGCAGCCGCCCCCGCCACCAAGAGCUGCCCCUCGUCCCCUGUGCUGCGCCGCCCACCGCAGCCUCCUCCUCCGCGGCCUCCCUCUAGCCCCACCAACGACGACGAAUCCAAGUCCUCCUGUUGGGUGAAAAAGAAAAUUUUUCGGCCGAAGUCGUAA